UAGACGCUCUGGACCUCGUCGGAGGCCGAGACGGCUGCUCCUGAGUCCAGCGCUCCUGCCGAUAAGGAGGAGGCUGCUUCUGCUGAGGAGAAGCCCGCUGCCGAGUAAAUUAGUAGAGAUAGCGAUGGACUCGCGUCCGGGUUUGCAAAUGAAGUCGGACAAAAUACGGCGUGGGUUACGGGUGCGCAAGGGCUGCGGGGGCCAGGUUAGAAAAGGGGAUCGGCGCUACACGCUUGUCAUGAUGCCCGAUGACUUUGCAUGGUCUUGAACUAUCACUGGCAAAGGGCAGAAGUCAAAAGUUGGUCUGCGCUGUGGGGGUGCUCUUGUGCCUUUGCUUUCCGCUUUCCGUUCAUGCGAUCCUCGCUAUGCUCUUCUAUCCAACACAUUGCCAAUGUUUCUCCUCCGGGUUCACCUGCGGACCUUCGAUUCCUGUUCUAUUUUUCCUUUACAUUUUCUCGUUGAUUUCUUUAUCUUUUUUUUUCUACUUCCUUGCCUAUUGCCGCAAUUCCCCCUGGAAAGAAUACCUCUCUCUUGUUACCUACCCACCCUCAUACAACAACAAACACAAUUGUCAAGAACGACCCUCUCGCGUGGGCAUUGACCUCGGAAUACCUUCGCAAUCAUGGCGCUUGCCAUGGUUGGUUACCAUUUGUCUCCCGUAUGGCGUUUGAUCGUGCGCCUUAGCUGCGUUUCAUUAGAUUUUAUUUCCAGCCGACCGGCUUCAAGAACCAAGCUUGCAAUUCGUGACUUCCGGGUGGGGGGACUAUAACUAGUCAGGAACGCGGGUGGCAGAUAAAGAAAUAAGCAUAGGUAUC